GAGAUUGUGACCAUCGUGACUUCUGAUUCAGUAUUUUAACCUCAAAAAAAUAUUGAUUCACCUAUACUGGCUAUAUUCCGUAAUUCGUUUAAUCGCAGCGUUUGAGUUUUUCUCUCACGGAAAGUGUUUGAAGGAAGGGCUCCAAGAUGGGGAAACGUCAGCAUCAGAAGGAUAAAAUGUACCUAACGUACACGGAAUGGUCGACGUUGUACGGUGGCAGGAAAUCGGGGACGAGUCAGGAAACCAACGAGGAGAAGAUGUUUAGGCGCCUGCCGUACGAUCACUGUUGCUUGAGCCUGCAGCCCUUCGAACACCCUUACUGCGACCUGAACGGCAACGUGUUCGAAUUGGAGGCCAUUCUGGCGUACAUGAAGCAAUACAAACACAAUCCUGUCACGGGGAAGCAAUUGGACGCCAAGAGUUUGAUUAAAUUGAAUUUUUACAAGAAUGCGCAGAAUGAGUAUCAGUGUCCGGUUCUCUUUAAAUUGUUCACCAAGCACUCGCACAUUGUCGCCAUCAAGACCACGGGAAAUGUGUUCUCUUACGAGGCUGUCGAACAGUUAAAUAUAAAAAAUGGGAACUGGAAGGACCUUAUGAACGAUCAACCAUUUACACGCAAGGACAUUAUCACUAUUCAAGACCCGAACAACGUGAUGAAGUUCAAUUUGUCCACGUUUCAUCACAUAAAAAAUAAUAUCAGAGUGGAGGACGAAGAGACUAUAAGGGAGAGGAACAAUCCGAACGCAAAAUUGAAAACCGUCUCGAUGGAAACCAAGGAGAUCCUGACAGAGUUAGAAAGAGAGUACAAACCAGCAGCGAGUGGCAAGAAGGACGGAGCACCUGCGCAGAAGGCUGAUAAAUUUAACGCUGCACACUAUUCCACCGGCGAGGUUGCCGCGGGAUUCACCUCGACGGUGAUGCCAGCAGAGACAACGCAUCAGGCGGCUAUAAUCGCGGAGGAUGUGGUUCGAUACGAGAGAGUCAAGAAGAAAGGGUACGUGAGAUUCGUCACGAACUUCGGGGCUCUAAAUCUGGAACUUCACUGCGAUCUCGUCCCGAAGACUUGCGAGAACUUUAUAAGGCACUGUCAAGACGGUUAUUACGACGGCACGAAGUUCCACAGAUCGAUACGGAAUUUCAUGAUUCAAGGCGGCGACCCGACCAACACGGGCAAUGGUGGCAAAUCCAUCUGGGGCAAGGCAUUCGAGGAUGAGUUCAAGCCGAAUCUAGUUCACCAGGGCAGGGGCAUCCUCUCCAUGGCGAAUUCUGGUCCGAACACUAAUGGAUCCCAAUUUUUCGUCACAUUCCGCUCGUGCAGACACCUCGAUCGCAAGCACACGGUUUUCGGGAAAAUAGUCGGCGGCCUGGACACGCUAAACGCGAUUGAGAAGGUGGAGGUGGACAAUAAGGAUCGCCCGAUAGAGGACAUCGUCGUGCAGAGCACCCAGGUCUUCGUGGACCCGUUCCAGGAGGCUGACGAGCAGCUCGCCGCGGAACGAAGUGCCGAGGCGGAGCGCCUGGCGCAGGAAGCGGAUCGGAGCAGGACGGUGAACAAGGUGGACAGGAACGACAUGCAAGUCUACCGAUCCGGCAUAGGGAAAUACGUGAAGUUGGAACAGAAAUUGAACAAGCAGGACGUAAGUACAGAGCCUGUCGCGAAGAAGAAGAAGAAAGCAUUGCAAUCAUACGGAGAUUUCUCCUCUUUCACAUUUUAAUAAAUUAUUAUGUCUAUUUAAUUAUACCAUGUAUAUAACCGCAUGUAUUCACGAUAGCUUUGUUGAAUAAAUAUAUUUGUAUAUACG